CCAGUCACGUGACUGUUUCAGGGAUCAGCCUUGGCGGUUGGCGGUCGGCUGGACAUUCUGGGCGUCGACCAGUGCAACACAAUUAAUUAUCCCCCGCGCAUCUUCACAACUUCACCAUCCCUUCACAUCUACCAUCCUCACCAUGGAUCUCGCCAGCUUGAAGGAGGCGGCGGCCAAUCUUACCCUCUAUGACCUGAAGGCAGGCGUACGGAAGGUGCAAAAUGCUGUGAUGAACUACACCGAGAUGGAGGCCAAAGUUAGAGAAGCUACAAAUAAUGAACCCUGGGGUGCCAGCUCGAGUCUAAUGCAAGAAAUUGCCAAUGGAACAUACAACUACCAAUUGCUGAACGAAAUUAUGCCCAUGAUCUAUAAGCGGUUUACUGAAAAGGCCGCCGAAGAAUGGAGGCAAAUCUACAAAGGGCUCCAGCUCCUAGAAUUUCUGAUCAAGAAUGGUUCAGAACGAGUCAUCGACGAUGCACGAUCACACCUCACACUGCUUAAGAUGCUCCGGCAAUUCCACUUCAUCGACCAGAAUGGCAAAGAUCAAGGUGUCAAUGUCCGAAACAGAGCCAAGGAACUUGCGGAACUUCUCAGUGAUGUGGACCGGAUACGAGCAGAGCGAAAGAAAGCCAGGACUACACGAAACAAAUAUACCGGUGUUGAGGGAGGGGCAGGCAUGGGAGGCGGUCUGUCCAGUAGCAGCCGAUAUGGAGGUUUCGGUAGUGAAGAAUCCGGAAGCGGGGGCGGUGGAGGGUACGGAGGGUACAGUGGAGGCGUAUAUGGAGACGGGGGCGGAUUCGGUGGCCAGCAGGGUGACUUCCAAGAUUCUGGAAGCCGUGGAGCUUCUGGCGGAGGCGGCCGAGACAGAUUCGAGGAAUACGACGAAUAUGACGAAGGAGCCGUUGCUGCACCAGGAAACAGGCAAGUAGAUGCAUCAACAGUCUCGGCCCGGCGGAAGACUAGAGAAGGAACUUCGAAGAAACCAGAGCCACCGAAGAAGAAAGAGCCAGAGGUUGAUUUGUUUUCAUUCGACGAUCCGGUUCCAGUCUCCGCUCCCGUCGCAGCGCCCACAACUUCACAUACAGCUGAUGAUGAUGACUUUGAUGACUUCCAAUCCGCUACUCCGUCAGUCCAACCCUCAGCUCCAUCAUUCCCUUCAAUCGCUCCACCUACAGCAACCACAACAUCCAGCACCCAAUACGCCUCUCCACAACCCGUGUCUGCUCCGAAAGCAGCAAAUCUGAGUGAUUUAGUCGGAUUCAAUUCAAUCUCGCCGGCGACCAGCAACACUGCCACUCCCGUCAAUUACUCCGCAUUUUCACCUCCAGCCGUUGCCCAACAACCUCCUCGACCGACCGCCUACCAAGGCUCACAACCAAACUACUUCACAUCAGUUCAAGUUCCUGCCCCACAAUCGAAACCAACAUCCGGAGCUUCAUCCGUCAAAUCACCUGGUGCAAAGCCAGCAGCUGGUGGCGAUGCUUUUGGAUCUCUCUGGAACACAGCCAGCGCCGGAAUUAAGAAGACAAGCACACCCACUUCAUCGCCUGCUCUCGGCCAAUUGGCAAAGGAGAAGGCCAGUGCUGGAAUCUGGGGUGCUACUUCAUCUUCUAGCUCGACUCCUAUGCAGCCGCAGCAGAAGCCUGCUCAGGGUCAGCCACAAUUGGGAGGACUGGAUGAUCUUUUGGGUUGAGAGACGGGAAAUUGUCAGAAUAGGUUCUACUGAGGGGACGCAAGGUGGGCGUUUAUGAUAGAUAACGGCGCGUAAAAUCAUAUUAGUUUCACUAACAACUUCUAAUCGAUUGAUUGUGACUCGC